AUGGCCUUUGUGUGCAACCUUGGAAAAUGCUCCAUUACGAGUGCAGAACUCAAAGGAGCAGUGACGGGACUCAGACUUGCGUGGGAUAAAGGCUACAGAAGAGUUCACCUCAACUUGGACUCUACUACUGCAGUUGGCAUCAUUAUGAACAAUGCAGAAGAUGAUCAUCGCCAUGUGUAUAGAGAGGCAAAUUUUGCUGCUGAUUUUCUUGCAGCUAAGGGCCAUCUUGUUGAUUUUGGUACACAUCUUUUCAAUGUGUACGACCCUGAACUUGAACAUUGGCUUUUGCACGACAUCAUGGGAAUUCCCCAUGAUCGUCUGAUUAUUAAUACGAUUUAG